CCACCCAUCACUGAGAGAGCUGAGGCGCCAUGCAUGGGGCCCAGGGGCCGCUGCUCUUCCUGCCGCUGCUGGCUGUCUGCCUGGGGAUCCAGGGCCGGAACCAGGAGGAGCGCCUGCUCGCAGACCUGAUGCAAAACUACGACCCCAAUCUUCGGCCUGCCGAGCAAGACUCAGAUGUGGUCAAUGUCAGCCUGAAGCUCACCCUCACCAACCUCAUCUCCCUGAAUGAGCGAGAGGAAGCCCUCACCACCAAUGUCUGGAUAGAGAUGCAGUGGUGUGACUAUCGCCUGCGCUGGGACCCACAAGACUAUGAAGGCCUGUGGGUGCUGAGGGUGCCGUCCACCAUGGUGUGGCGGCCGGAUGUCGUGCUGGAGAACAACGUGGACGGUGUCUUCGAGGUGGCCCUCUACUGCAAUGUGCUCGUGUCCCCUGACGGCUGUAUCUACUGGCUGCCACCCGCCAUCUUCCGUUCCGCCUGCUCUAUCUCAGUCACCUACUUCCCCUUCGACUGGCAGAACUGCUCCCUUGUCUUCCAGUCCCAGACUUACAGCACCAAUGAGAUUGAUCUGCAGCUGAGUCAGGAAGAUGGCCAGACCAUCGAGUGGAUUUUCAUUGACCCUGAGGCCUUCACAGAGAAUGGGGAGUGGGCCAUCCGGCACCGACCGGCCAAGAUGCUCCUGGACACAGCAGCACCAGCCCAGGAGGCAGGCCACCAGAAGGUGGUGUUCUACCUGCUCAUCCAGCGCAAGCCCCUCUUCUACGUCAUCAACAUCAUUGCCCCCUGCGUGCUCAUUUCCUCAGUCGCCAUCCUCAUCUACUUCCUUCCUGCCAAGGCUGGAGGCCAGAAGUGUACCGUCGCCAUCAACGUGCUCCUGGCCCAGACUGUCUUCCUCUUCCUUGUGGCCAAGAAGGUGCCCGAAACCUCCCAGGCGGUGCCACUCAUCAGCAAGUACCUGACCUUCCUCCUGGUGGUGACCAUCCUCAUUGUUGUGAAUGCUGUGGUCGUGCUCAACGUGUCCUUGCGGUCCCCCCACACACACUUCAUGGCCCGAGGGGUCCGAAAGGUGUUCCUGAGACUCUUGCCCCAGCUGCUGAGGAUGCAUGUUCGCCCGCUGGCUCUGGAAGCUGUGCAGGACACCCGGCCUCGGCUACAGAAUGGUUCCAUGGGAUGGUCGGUCACCACUGGGGAGGAGGUGGCCCUCUGCCUGCCUCGCAGUGAACUCCUCUUCCAGCAGUGGCAGCGGCAGGGGCGGGUGGCGGCAGCGCUGCAGAAGCUAGAGAAAGGCCCGGAGUUAGGGCCGAGCCAGUUCUGUAGCAGUCUGAAGCAAGCCGCCCCAGCCAUCCAGACCUGUGUGGAAGCCUGCAACCUCAUUGCCCGUGCCCGGCACCAGCAGAGCCACUUUGACAACGGGAAUGAGGAGUGGUUCCUGGUGGGCCGAGUGCUGGACCGAGUCUGCUUCCUGGCCAUGCUCUCGCUCUUCGUUUGUGGCACAGCUGGCAUCUUCCUCAUGGCCCACUACAACCAGGUGCCCGCUCUGCCCUUCCCUGGAGAUCCAUGCCCCUACCUGCCCUUACCAGACUGAGCCAACCAACCAUCGCGGGACAUGUGGGAGUCACACGUGUGGGUCACAUGGAGUCUUGUCAGCCAUGUUCUCCCAACGAAGUCAUAAGCGUGCUCUUUGGGAAGUGCCCUUCAGGACUGUGUGAGCCAAACAGCCCUGAGAAAAGCCGGGAAAAGGGUCCCAGCUGCAGUCCUGGAGUGACUGGGGGUGGCCUAUGGUUAGUGUGCUGCUGCAGUCAGCACCCACGCGGCAUUGGCUAGCUUGUCCUGGCACCAGCCACUCCCGCACUCAGCACACCCCCUCACUUAGGCAAAGCAUUAUUAAUUCUCAUCAGUCUGAAGCCCAAAGGACUCUUGUUUUGUAUGAUACCUUCAGGCUUGGGACUGGCUCCCUUUUUACAACUUCUCCCUGAAAGAGAGGUGUGAAGAGUAGCAGC